UUAAAGCUAACUGUCAUAAAGCAAAUAUCACAGAUUCCAUUAUCCAUCUGAAUCUCGACCUAUACAGUUUAGACCUCAAAAUAAAUUUUAUUUUCAAAAAGUUAAGCAAACAGAGACGGUAAAAUCCCAAAACAAAAGAGAUUAUCAUGCCCCAAUACCAUACGCGCACGCUCAACUCGGAGGAGGAGGUGAGCCUGGCUCAGUGGCUCAAGGAGCAGCGCAUUGUCCUAAAUCUGCGCACAAGGCGCUUUUUCUCCGAUGUGCUGCCAGUGGCCAAAAUCAUCAAGCUAGCCCAUCCCCGGCUGGUCGACCUGCACAACUAUGCGCCCAAGAACAGUAUUCAGCUGAAGCUCAAGAACUGGGAGAUUUUUGAUACUAAGGUUCUUAAGAAGCUAAACGUCUCCGUCCCACAUGCCCUUCUCGAGAAGUUGGCCCAGGCCGAGGCCGGAGCCAUCGAGAUGCUUUUCUACGAACUGAUCCCGGUGACCAAGGGCCACCGCGGUCCAAUGCCCAGUCCCCUGCUUCACGAUGAUCCUAGGCUCUCGCCCAUGGGAUCUAGCAGGAACCCUGCUCCCUUGGGUGUGCUAAAACAUUCAAACAAGCAACAGCUCUGCAGAAGCCGCACCAUUAUUCGAUCCCACAAAGUUAGUUGCCCCUCCCCAACUGGAGAUGAUUUGCCAGCCGAAGUUCUAAGCCUGGAUGUGGAUACUCUGGUCGAUGGGAAGAUUGAAAAGGUGGCCAAGAAACUGGUGGCCUAUGAGGACUACGCCGUAGCUGUUCGUGCCAGCAACGAGAAGGAUAACUACAUUAAAAUGAUUCACCAGAAGGUAGACUAUCUGCAAAGCUUGAUUGCUGUGAAGGAUGAGCGCAUAUCGGACCUUAUGGAUCAGCUGGCCAAAUUGUCGGAUCAGUAUAAAUACCCAUCAAACAUACUAACGACAACAAUGCCUAGACGUGGAGAUGAAGGUGGUAUCCUCCCCAUUUGUUUCAAGGGAAUCCAGCGACAGAUCCUAGCCUAAAAUGUUCCACGCCCUGGCUGGGUCUGCGUUGGGCUCAAGUUCUUCGAUUCUUCAUACCUUAUAUUAAUCCAUCUGAAGACCACUUGUUAUUGGACAUCUCUAAAAUAUAUAUUUUAUGUUUUUUGGCAAAGAAAAUGUACACGUUCCUUUAUCGUAAAUGACUAGCCCGGCGCGAUAUUAGAAACGCAUUGAAGGCUUUCGCGGUAAAGAUAAUUGUGCAAAAGGCUUUACUGGGGGAUUCUUCAUUUGAGUAAUGGGUAUAAUGGGUGAAUAAUGUUCGAGUUAUAUUUUGGAAUGCUAUCAGUGGUACUUUUCUAUAUUAAAAUAGGAAUGGAAACCCAUUUUUGUAUUGCUUAUCUUAUCAGUGGUUUGCUUGCACAUUGCAGGAAACGCCUGGAAGAGGGAGUAAUAAAUGAAAGCAUCUUUUACUGUGUUUCCAUUUUGGAAUCCUACCCUUUUCUAUUUCUUAAAUA